AAUCGACUUGCACAAUAAAAUGUUAAUAUUUACAACAAAUUAACUAAAAAAUAAUUCAUGGCAUAUUUUCUAAAUUAAGAAUGAAAAAAAUUAACCACAAUUCAUUAAAAUUAAUAAGUAAAAUUCCUUUUCGGCAAUAUUCUGGAGAAUAUCGCAUAUUUCACUUUACAGGAUUUGGCAAUCCACCGCAGAACGACAAUGACACAGAAAUCAAUGCAAAAAAGUUACUAAUUCCGAAGACGCUUGAAGCAACAAGUGGCAUAAGUGAUAGGUUAACAUAUAAGGACAAUCUGUCAGAAAAUGUCAGCAAAUCUCCGCCAGCAUUAAAAAAUUUAACAAAUACCGCUUUACUAGAAAGCUCUUCCAUUGCAACAACAACUUCGAAACCACCAGUUGAAUGUGCUGAAAAAAAACUUGAAAAGAAAACUGAAAAACCCAAAUGUUUAAGGCCAGUUCCGCGUGUAAAGUUGGUUGACGAACCACCGGAUGACUGCAAUGUACGAAAAGCGGAAAUACCAACCGUUAAACUGCGUGAUGGUCAUGUAAUGCCCAUGUUUGGACUUGGUACUUGGGGUGCGGCGAGCAUUAAAGCCGAAAGGGCAGUUAAGCAUGCCUUGAAAGUGGGUUACCGCAUGAUUGAUUGUGCGCAUGUUUACGAAAAUGAAGAAGCUGUUGGUAAAGCAAUAAAUAGAUCGAUUGAAAAGUGUAUUGUUAAACGCGAGGAACUAUUUGUAAUAAGCAAAUUGUGGAAUACCUUUCAUGAGCCGCAUUUAGUAAUGACUGGCUGCCGGCAAUCUUUGUGUGAUUUAAAAUUAUCGUAUCUUAACCUAUAUCUCAUACACUGGCCCAUGGGUUACAGAGCUGGAGAUGAUCUGAUACCCUAUGAUGCGUGUGGUCGCGUGAUUGGUUCACGUGUAGAUUAUAUUGAAACAUGGAGAGCAAUGGAGGAGUUAGUUGAGCGGCGCUUAACACGUUCUAUAGGUCUUUCUAAUUUCAAUAAGAAUCAAAUUGAGCGUAUUUGGAAAAUUGCUAAAAUAAAACCAGUUGUCAAUCAGGUUGAAUGUCAUCCAUAUUUAAACCAAAAACGUUUGAAGGCAUAUUUAAAGAAGAAGGGAGUUGUACUUGUUGCGUACAGUCCGUUGGGAGCGCCAGCUAGACCCUGGGUAAAGAAGGAUGAACCAAAGGUAUUGGAUGAUAAUCUGAUUAAGACAAUAGCUUUUAAUACUGGACGCACACCGGCGCAAGUUUGUAUUCGUUAUCAAAUACAGCGCGGUAAUCCCGUCAUACCGAAAUCAGUGACACCAAGUCGCAUUGAGAGCAAUUUUGAUGUGGCAAAUUUUGAAUUGUCUGAUCAAGAAAUGAAAAUAUUAGACAAGUUAGAUAGAAAACUGCGUUUCGUGACCCUAUCACAGUUAUCAAAUCAUCCACACUAUCCAUUUAAUGACGUCUUUUAAUAUCAUUUUCAACAACAACUAAUUAUUUCAAAAUUACUUAAUACUACAAGGAAUAUUUAUGAAAUUCUUAAUAAGCUAUUCAAUGGGUACAACAUUUUAUUUCAAUGUC